AUGAUUUUAUUUUUACUCGUUCUUGCAAUACUUAUACUAAUUUUAGCAUUGUCUGGAGCACUCACAAUUCUUUAUAAUGAUUGUAUUGAUGCUAUUUUCAAACCAAGACCUGCUGUUAAAACAAUAACACCCAGAACUCAACCUUCUACAUCAACAUUACAUCAUUAUACAGAAGAAAUCAAAAAUAGCAAACCAAUUGUACAGAGAAACCAAAUUGUUACUCGUACAUUACCAAGAUUUUCCAAUAAUGAAUUUGAACUUCUGAAAGGUACAAUAGAAAGAGGCAGAGCAGAAGAAAUACCUGAAAUACCAAUUCCAUCCUACUUUCAACCAUUGCCUCCUCAUUAUAAUAAUAAAAUCACACCAACUGGUUUCAAUUACACACCAUCAUCAAUUAGCUCAAAUCAAAUCAAUAACUAUGCAUUUAAAAAUCCACCACCUCAAUCAGAUCACGAUAACCAAAAAACAAAAUAA